UCUUCACUUUUUCCUUUUAACUUCAUCACUUGACAGUACACAUGAUGCUGCUUUCAUCAUCAGCUCCAUUACAGAUUCCUCCAGGUUUCAUUAAAAAGAAGACAAGAGAGAGAUCUCUAGUACUACGUACGAAGAAGAAGAAUGGGUCGUGGAAAAAUUGAGAUCAAGAAGAUUGAAAACUCGACAAACAGACAGGUCACUUACUCCAAGAGAAGAAAUGGUAUUUUCAAGAAAGCUAAAGAACUUACUGUUCUUUGUGAUGCUAAGAUCUCUCUCAUUAUGCUCUCUAGCACCAGGAAAUUCCAUGAGUACACCAGCCCUAACACUACGACAAAAAAGAUGAUAGAUCAGUAUCAGAGUACACUUGGAGUUGAUAUUUGGAGCACUCACUACGAGAAAAUGCAAGAGAACUUGAAGAGAUUGAAAGAGAUCAAUAACAAGCUAAGAAGAGAGAUAAGGCAGAGAACAGGGGAAGACAUGAGCGGGCUCAAUUUGCAGGAACUUUGCCACUUGCAGGAGAGCAUCACUGAAUCUGUAGCUGAGAUACGUGAAAGAAAGUACCACGUGAUCAAGAAUCAAACAGAUACCUGCAAGAAGAGGGUGAGGAACUUCGAAGAGCGACAUGGAAACCUCGUACUUGACUUGGAAGCAAAAUGUGAAGAUCCAAAGUAUGGUGUAGUGGAGAAUGAGGAGCACUACAACUCUGCUGUGGCAUUUGCCAAUGGUGUACACAACCUUUACGCGUUUCGCCUACAAUCGGUUCACCCCAAUCUUCAAAAUGAUGGUGGAUUUGGUUCUCGUGGUCUAAGUCUCUCUUGAAGGCAGCAAUUACUAAUUGGAACCAACUUCUCAAAUUAUAUGUUAUUAAUGGAAAAAAAAGUUUUAACUACUGCAAGCUGGAUACACUACUAUAUCUAAUUAGGUUUUGCGCUGAGUCAUGGAUCUGAUUCCUCUCCUAAAGCACUAUAUUAUUCUACGAGUUUCGACUCCUAUAUAUGAAUGAUGCCAAGGAAGAUUUAUGUUCAAUUCUGCGUAGACAUUAUUUAUUGCAAGUCUAAUUCUUAGUAAUAUUUUGUUGAUGGAUAUCAAUUAGGAGUUGUAAACUUAAUUUAAGAUCUAUAUCACUUCUUAUAUCAUUCUACUUUAUCUAAAAUGUUUGGGUCAAUUCAGUA